GAUACAGCUACAGGCGGAAGUGACGCAAUCCUUGCUAACUCGCUGCGAAAUGCCAAACGGUUGUUGUCAACGAUUCCCCUCAAAGGGGUGUUUUGAUCGUAAACUUAGGGGGUUCGAGGAGGACACGAUGACAAAGUUCAUCGUUUGGACGAAAGACAAAGCUUUUGGUGUGGACGACCCCAAACCCUUAUCUAAAAAAAUUAAGUGGAAACUCCAGUAUGUUCCUUUUGACGGGAUUCCCUUCAUGGUGGUUGGGAGGAGGGUCUACUCCUGUCACCAAGGGGUAGACAAGCACAAACAUGAAAAACUGACAAGACAGCUACAACUGCUUGAUGACCACUCAGACCAUUGUUAUGAAGAGAGGCGACGUCUUCAAGACUCGAAGAAAUUGGACUGUCCAGCCAGAAUAUAUGUGGUUCAUCUAAUCAGAUUCCCUGAUUACAAGGUAUACCUAAAUGACAUUCAUAAACAGAGGAAGGAGAGCGCUGGGUGUCUGAGACAUGCCUUAACAAAAAACCCAUCAGCAGUGAAGCUUGAGGAGCAAUUUGUUGCCUGCUUCCCAGCGAUCGAGGAGCACAAAAACCAUCCUGUGGUAGGAGAGGUUCGUGAGCCAGUGGACACUAGCAGCACCCCUCCCAGUGACCACAUCAUUCUUCACAAAGACAUCAGCAAUCCUCCCAGAAACUCCAGCAAGACAAAGAAAAGGCAAAGGUGUGAGAGCUUACUGCGUGAAAUUUCAGAUCUCACUUACCAUCUACAGGAUGAGCCAUUUCUGGACUCCUUGACCUUUCGACUGAAUGACCUUUUGGAGGAUGUAAGGCGUCAUACCCCUCACGAUGACACCCUUCCCCUGUCUUACACACCUCCAUCUAAAAAAAACAGAUACCUCAAAACCCUCAGCAUAAUCCCCGAAAAACAUUCAUCCUCUGGAAAGUUUGGCCGUUGUGCUGAAGCAGUGAAAGCAAGCUCCAAGCCUUAAAAGCAGAUGUAAUGUAGUUAUUUGCUUGUUGCAUUGGGUUAAAUAUUUUCAUGACAUUCUUUAGUGUUUAUUAUUGUUCCUAUUGUAUUAAUGACCACAAAAUAAUAAUUAUAAAACAAGUUUUUCCGAUUAUGGACGCAGAUUGCCUGAGACCUUGUUCUCCUCAGUUCUCUUAAUUCAACAAUAUCUAAAAACAGCUUUAUGUUUGAAAAAUAAGAAGGGUGUAAAUUUGUUACUAAUUUGUUGUGAUUUAAAGUUAUUUCUUUAUAUAUAUUAUUUAUUUGUUUGUUUAUGCUCAUUUUGUUUAUCCUAAUGUUUACCCUGGAUGUAUUUUUAAUUUUAGUAUAAUAAAUAAGAAAGAAUGAAAGGAAUGGAUUUAUAAACAUUUACCACUUUAACAUUUAAUGUAAUUUAAAUUAAUUUAUACCCAUGUUUAUUUAUAAAUUCUACCUGUUUUAAUGUUUAUUACUGAUGCAGUAUUUGGUUGUCUGAUAUUUUCUAUAGUUGAGGGAUCUAAAUUUCAUAGAAAAAGUGUUUACAGCAACAUUGUUUGCCAUGUGGCUUGUGUAGGUGAAAUAAAAAAUAAAAAAAAAACAGAAGCUCAAGUUCUGGGGUCUCGGCACCCUCAACAUUUAAUUGUAAGUUCUUAAAAAAUGUAGUGCUUGUCUGUACAUACAAAGGUACAUCUAUUAAUUAUCUUCACAACAAUAAAAUUAUAAAUAAAACAAUUACAAACUUGGAAAUAAAUAAAAAUGGGGCAAUGGCACAAACUGGAAUUCAACAUUCAAACUUUGACAUUAGCAUUCAGAGUUAGAUUCAGACAUACAAAAGGUAAAAAGGGGACAAAAACAUACAAAAUGAAGUCUGAAUAUGGCACAUGUGUUGAAUGACAAGCUGUCGGUAGGAGUAUUUCACUUCAUGGUUGUAGUUUCCUGAUAGCAUAUUUGUCAAGAAGACAUUUUAACAGUGAAAUUGGUAUAUUGGCAUAUAUUUUCUCCAUGCAUUUUGAUCUUUUUAUAAAUCAUAAAUUAUGCACAAUCUAUAUUUUGUUCCAGUUCAGCUAUAUAGUUGUCAUAGUAGCAAAAAAAAAAAAAAAAAAAAAAAACCCGGAAACCAUGGUGUAUUUCUUUCAUUAUAUUUCAAUUUAAAUUCCUCUUUAUCAUUUCUCUCAAAUGAAAACACACACACUAACAUUCACAUCUGAAAUCUCUCCUGAUACGAACAACAUCCCCUCAAAUAUUCUGCUCAUCAUAUUAGAUCACAUGGUAAGAAAGCACUCAUGGAUUUAAUUCACAAUG